CCGCGCCUGGCGCUAUCGGCUCUCACUGGCGCUAUCGGCUCUCGCCUGUCCGUGCCUGGCGCUAUCGGCUCUCGACUGGCCGUGCCUGGCGCUAUCGGCUCUCGACUGGCUGUGCCUGCUCGCGGUUGGCUGCCCCUGGCGCACUUCCGGUGCCGCGUGGCCGUGCCCGGGCCCCGCCGCCGCCGCCAUGACCAACGUGUACUCCCUGGACGGGCUGCUGGCGUUCGGGCUGCUGCUGCUGUGCACCUGCGCCUACCUGCGCAGGGUGCCGCGGCUCAGGGCCUGGCUGCUCUCCGAGAAACGAGGCCUCUGGGGAGUCUUCUACAAAGCUGCUGUCAUUGGCACCAGGCUGCACGUGGCCGUGGCUGUCUCCUGCAUCCUGAUGGCUUUCUACGUCCUGGUGGUGAAGUGACCCCAGGGGGACCUGACAGCGACCAGAGCCCUGCUGCCGACCCCAGCCCCUCCGGCACCGACCUGGACUCUGCCUGUGGCAGCCCUGGGGCCCACCAUGGCUUGGCACCUUGCCUAGACUUGCCUUGCCCCCGCGGCAGGGCCAGGCACCCGCGGGUGCCACCAGGCCGCGGUCACAGCGUCAGGAAGGGAGGCCCUGAGCGGGGGCUGGGGGCUGGGCGUGGAGCCCCAGGCAGAGGCUCCAGCAGCAGAGGCUCCAGCAGCGACCCCUUGGCUCCUUCCCCCCACCCUGGACACUGCUGGGGCUGUGGCCCCCAGGCACUCGUGGGAGGCUGCAGGCGGUGGGGGGGGGCAGGGCUGGCAGGGCCCCCCCUCACCAGUGGGAUCUCCUUGGGGGCAGGUGGGAGCCUCCUCCCCACGGGUGCUGUGGGGUCUGUGCCCCCCGGCUCGGGCACGUGGGACCACAGUGCUAAUAAAGUGAGAGUUCUCUCGUGGGCA